AUGGGCAGCCGGAGACGACUAGUCAUAACGAUAGCUGCGGAGCCAGAGCUCUCUGCGGCAAAUGAUUCGCUGAACAAGUCUACCUCAGGUCUAAUUCUAGAUGACAAUUCUAACUUUUCCAUCAAGCCUUUUGAGGAUUCCGCCCCCGGAAUUACGAUACGUAUUCGAGAUCGAGGAGGUGGAAUUAGCCCAGAGGUAUUGCCAAACGUAUGGUCGUAUUCAUUCACAACAUUCUCGGAAGAAGACGAAUUACCCGGACAAAGUCACAGCAAUGGAAAUAUGGAUGCAUUGAAUGUUUUGUCAGGUGCUGGAGGCGAGAGUAGCUCGAUCGCUGGAUUAGGAUACGGAUUGCCCCUCGGAAGAGCAUAUGCCGAAUACUUUGGGGGUGGCAUUGAAAUCCAGUCACUUUACGGAUGGGGCUGUGAUGUUUAUCUACGACUCAAAGGACUCGGAAGGCCAAAAACCUAA